CGAAAUCUAAAAAUUUCACAAGACAAAACAAAAACCUUAGCAAUAAAAAAAAAACUUUGAAUAUUUUCAAGAUUCAUAUUUUUAUAUAUAUUUAGUAAUGGAUAGAGUAAAGGAUUUGGCAUCAAAGAAAGCUGCAGUUAUAUUUACAAAGAGUUCAUGUUACAUGUGUCAUAGCAUCAAACAACUUUUCUAUGAACUUGGAGCAAGUCCUGCAGUAUAUGAACUAGACAAUGAUACAUAUGGUAGAGAAAUGGAAUGGGCUUUGAGGGGUAAUUUUGGAUGUAACCCUUCAGUUCCAGCAGUGUUCAUAGGUGGAAAAUUUGUUGGAUCUUCAAAAGAUGUGAUAUCUCAUCAUGUUGAUGGAUCUCUCAAACAAAUGCUUAUGGAUGCAAAGGCCAUUUGGUUUUAGUCAUAUUUCCAUUCAGAACUCUUUAUAGUUUAUACACCAAAAGUGGUGUAUGAAAGAGUUCUGAUACUACUUUACAGACAAUGUUUAAAUAGAACACACCUAGUUUUCUUGUGUGUCACUCUUAAUUUUCACUUAAAGAAGUCUAUAAAAAUUUGACUUGUUUUUGGUAUUUUCUAAAAGGCUAGCUAUGUGUCUACUAAGAUAAAACUUGAUCGUUAGGGCAGUCAAGUGGACGAGGCUAUACCGACGGGUGUCUAAGGAGGGUAGAUGUAUGGAAAGUGGAUUUGUGAGGAAAGUGGAUAAGGGAUCAAUUUGAACUCGUGACUAACCGGUCACAAGGAAUCAAUUUGGCCAUUGCGCCAUGGCUCAUCCCAUACAAAAAUGUAUAUUGGAAUGUUGAUGGAAUUUUUUUUUUUUUAUUUUAUUUUAUGAAAAACAAGAUCUUGUAUAUUGAACUAAUGCCAAGAUCUUUAAAUAUGAAUCUAUAUACCACAUUCAUAUCUAUUUGGAAGGUGUAUCAAAUCAUACAAGUACUAGUAGUGAAUAAGAUGUUUUUA